AUGGCACCUAAGACUCAGCCCAACCCACAGAAAGCAGCUUCUAUCUUGGCAUGGUUUCACAAGACAGCACAGGCACACAGUAUCAAGGACCUUGAGAAGACGCUGCCUCAAGUGUCUUCCAUCAACGGCAUGCAAGUCAAAGACUAUCUGCAGGCACUUUCGGAUGACAACAAAAUCCGCGUCGAGAAGAUUGGCAGCGGCAACUGGUACUGGAGUUUCCCAGCUGAUGAGAAAAAGGCGAAGAAUGCCACUCUCAAAAAGGCCCAAGAAGAGUACGACAAGGUCAGGGCGACUGUGUCUGAUCUGCAGGCAAAAGUAGACGGCGCAGAAGCAGCUCGCGCAGAGGACGAGGACAUGCUCAUGGAGCCUGGCGGCGAUCGCCAAACUCUCAUCACAAAGCAUACCGGCAUGAUGAAGGAAUUGGAACAACUUCGCAAAGACUUAGCCGCGUACAGCGAGCAGGACCCGGUCGAGUUGGAGAAGAAAGAGAGUGAAGCACACAAGGCUCGCCUCGAUGCCGAAAGAUACACUGAUCACAUCUUGGCCAUGCAGAGAUGGUUCAAGACCAAUGCAGGCGGUGGUGGAGGAGAUGAAUUUCUUAGUGUGCUGAAGAUGCUAUAUGGUGAUGAGUACGACAGUGAGGAGCAAGGCUUGCGUGAACUUUGA